GACUGUUCGAGUCCAUUUGCCAAACGUGUCCGGCCAACAUCCAUUGCUCAUCCACUUGGGCUCUGUCUUCUUCCAGAAGUGUAUUGUGGCUGGCACUUCCCCUUUUGGCAUACAGAAACGGAGAGGUCUGCGCAGAGGAACGAAGAAGAAGAAGAAGAAGAGACUCCAAAUUAAGGUUGUUUUCUAUGGCAACCUUUGCCUCCUCUCUUCUCUUCUCUUCUCUUCCUCCUCCUCAGCUCCUCUCCUCUUCCAAUCUCCACAAUCCCCUUUCUUUCUCUCUUUCAUUCCCUGUUUCUCCUAAUACUGCUACUCUCACCUCAAACCCCAGAAAAAUCCGAACCCUAAUCCCUGCUUCCUCCAAUUCCUCUCCCUCUUUUGAUGAUUUCGUUUUUGAUGGAAAGUCAGGUUCUACUGAUAAGAAAUCAGUUCUCUCAGAUUUGAUACAAGAGAUAGAACCACUGGAUGUGAGUCUUAUUCAGAGAGACGUUCCGCCUACUACCUUGGAUGCUAUGAAGAGGACCAUCUCUGGGAUGUUGGGCUUACUUCCAUCUGAUCGCUUUAAAGUUUUCAUUGAGUCUUUAUGGGAACCCCUCUCCAAGUUAUUAGUCUCCUCAAUGAUGACUGGGUAUACAUUGCGGAAUGCUGAGUAUAGGCUUUGCCUUGAGAGAAACCUCAAUGUGGAUGAGGGAAAUAUUGAAAACCAAGCACCAGAAAAUUCUAAACUUAAUUUGCAAGGGACAGAGGUAGACAAUGCAAAAGCAAAUCAAUAUUGUGGAAAAAAUGUCAAAUUUGAAAAAAGACAUGCAGAUCUAUCUGAUAAUAUUAGUGUUGAAGGCCUCGGUGAAAUGUCCUCUGAAGCCAAAAAGUAUAUUCUUGAUUUGCAGUCUCGCUUAUCUUCUGUAAAAAAGGAACUGCAUGAAGCCAAGAGGAGAAGUGCUGCUCUUCAGAUGCAACAGUUUGUUGGUGAAGAAAAGAAUGAGUUACUGGACUACUUAAGAUCACUACAACCAGAAAAGGUAGCCGAGUUGUCAGAACCUACAUCCCUGGAAUUAAAAGAAGUAAUCAAUUCUGUAGUCCAUGGUCUGCUUGCAACUCUUUCACCUAAGAUGCAUUCCAAGGCUCCACCACAGUCGGAGAAUGCAUCGACUGGAACAUGGAAUAUUGGGAGUGAAGAUUGUGCAGAACUUCUUGAAAACACUUCACUUCAGUUCCAGCCCCUCAUUUCUUUAACAAGGGACUAUCUGGCGCGUCUACUCUUCUGGUGUAUGCUUUUGGGACACUACCUUCGAGGCCUUGAAUAUCGGAUGGAGCUAAUGGAACUUUUGUCCUUGACAAGCAAUGUGGAAAAACAUGAUGCUUGUGGAGAUGAUCAAGUCGCAUGAAGGUAGUCUAUUUCAAAUGCUUCCAUCUGUACAUAGAGAUGUUUGUGUGUGCAUACAAAAGUUGUUUAUCCUUGUGAAAAGGCUUGAAGUGAGAUGGUCGACUAUGUCUUUGCGGAUGGAUAGGUCAUUUGUUUUUAUUGUGUAAAAGGAUACUUCUUUUCUUUAAUUCAAGAAUACUUCUCUUUGAGAUUUGUUGUGUAAUUAUUGUGGUUAAGGAAAAAAAGAAAAUUGGUCUUCUUUUA